CGAGAUAACGCCGAAAAACAUGUAUUGUCACGAAUAAACAAAUCUUAUAUUCUUGCCUCUUGGCUCUAGCGUAAUUGCGUGCGUUAAUGCGUUGUCCAGACUAUAGCAGUAGCAGGCUGCAGAGUACAGUCGUCCGGAUUCGAAAGUAUACUGUGCGGUCCUAGUUCGAUGAAUUAUUUGUCUAUGUUGCUGUCGUUCCGAAUCACUAUUUAAGAAUUUAACAUAUUUUAAGUACGCCUCUGAGGGCAAACCUAGAAAAUCUCUAGUGGGUAUCUAGAAAGGCCACUAUCAUCAGUGAAUUGCAAUGAUCAAUACCAACUGAGACGCCUAACGCGCUAUCAUGGCUCUUGUGUUCAAUGACAACGAUCCUUGGUUAAUUGAAUACGAGUCAUGUGAAAAGUUAUAUAGAGAAAUUGAAGGAAUAUUAAAUGUGAGAGAAUUAGAGCAAAAGUCUUCCGAAAAAUAUGUUUUGUAUUCAUCAAAAGUCCGGCUUAGACUGAAACAGUUUACUGAUGAAGUCCAACAGUUAUCACAUAAACUUAGGGAACUUGCAAAAUCUAAAGCUGUGACAUUAGAUGAAGAGGAACGACGUCAACGUAAGCUUGAGCUAUUACAAAGCAGAAAUAUUUUAUUAAAUCAACGUUUUCAAAAUAGGAAUAAUAGUCAUACACUCGAACGUCAAGAAUUGAUGAGACCAAGUACUAGUAAGGCUAAAAAAACUGAAAUGCCAACUACUGGUUGGCUGGAUAGUGAUGAUGAUGACUAUAAUGACGACAAACAACCUCUACUUAGUGAGAAAGUGCUUAAACAACAGCAACAGUACUUGAUCAAAGAACAGGACGAUGGAUUAAAUGAAUUAGCGUCAAUUGUGUCGAGACAGAAAAAUAUUGCGAUUACCAUAAGCAGUGAAGUUGAUCUACAAAAUGAACUAGUAGAUGAUUUAUUGGUGAAGAUAGACAAAACAACUGCUGGAAUUGAAAACGAAACCAAGGAAGUAGUUCAGAUAUUAAAAAAAGAUUCAACUCGAGGACUUUGGGUGAUAAUUCUUCUUCUACUGAUUGCAAAUAUAGUGGUUGCUUUGUCGUGAUAUCUGGUUCAAAUAUUAAAAUUUAACUUGCAAUAAUUAUGUUAAAAUUAUUUUUCUAUAUAMCUUU